AAUUUUACAUGCAGAUUAAACAGAAGUCAUGAUACAGGGAUGAGAAACCAUACGGCCAUAACCACAUUCAUCCUCCUGGGACUGACAGAAGACCCACAACUGCAGAUUCUGAUUUUUGUGUUUCUACUCAUCACCUACAUGUUGAGCAUAACUGGCAAUCUGACCAUCAUCAUCCUCACAUUAGUGGAUUCCCACCUUCAAACUGCCAUGUACUUUUUCCUCCAAAAUUUCUCCUUCGUAGAAAUCUCAUUCACUUCUGCCUGCAUUCCGAGAUUCCUAUACAGCUUAUCAACAGGUGACAGGACUAUUACCUAUGAUGCUUGUGUAUGCCAACUGUUUUUCACAGACUUGUUUGGAAUAACAGAAUUUUUCCUUCUGGCCACCAUGUCCUACGAUCGAUAUGUGGCCAUCUGCAAACCCCUGCACUACAUGACCAUCAUGAACCAUAGGGUUUGCCAAAGGUUUGUCCUUGGCUGCUGGAUGAUCACUUUGUUGCUUCUAUUCCCCCCUCUCACCUUGGGACUGGACCUGGAAUUCUGUGAUUCGAACGUCAUUGACCACUAUCUCUGUGAUGCCAAUCCUAUCCUGAAGAUCACGUGCACAGAUUCAGCCUUCAUAGAGCGGAUGGUGCUUAUCUGCUCUGCGUUGAUCUUACUCAUCACGCUCCUGUGCGUGGUCUUGUCCUACACAUAUAUCAUGAGAACAAUUCUAAGAAUCCCCUCUGCUCAACAAAGGAAAAAGGCCUUUGCCACCUGCUCUUCCCACAUCGUUGUGGUCUCCAUCACCUAUGGCAGCUGCAUCUUUAUCUACAUCAAACCUUCCGCCAAAAAUGAAAUGUCAAUUAAUAAGGGAGUAACGAUACUAGGAACUUCCAUUUCCCCCAUGUUAAACCCAUUUAUUUACACACUGAGAAACAAACAAGUCAAACGGGCCUUUAAUGACUUAGUCAAAAGGAUUCUUUUACUCUCAAAGUGUUAG